AUGCCGAGGAGCAGGAAAAACUCAUUGGUUCAAAAUAUUGCAUCUAAUUUCAAUCCUGCUUCUACAAACGGUCUACCUACUGUGUUUGAGGAUGAUAGUUUACGGCAAAAGUUUGCUAAUGUCGAAUAUGGUAGCUUGCCGCAGGCUAACGAAUUAGAUAGCAGACCAUCAAUGCUAUUUGAGUUGGAUCAGAUUGAUUCACAGAGUUCAAAUUCAAACUAUUCCUUAUACAACCAAUAUGUUGAUCAAUUGGAUUCUAAGUCGAUGGAACUUGAAAAGGUAUUAGGACAGACUUGUAGCAUUAACCAACAGUUGACUGAUAUAGUCUCUAGAUUUAACAAUAUUUCGAUUGAAUCAAUUGCUUUUCAGAAAACUACAAAUGCCUUAUAUGAUAAAUGCCAUGAGAUGGACCUUUUGCACAAGGAUAUCACAGAACAAUUGAGUUAUUUUGUAAGUCUAGACCCCAUUACACGCAAAAUGAACCAAUACUCUGGUGUCAAUGCGGUGAAAAAGGAGUCAUUUAAAAGCACGUUGAGAAAAAUUGAUAAUGCGUUGGAAUUUUUGGAUUUACAUCGUUCAUACCAGGAUUCGGAAACGUAUCGGAUAAAGUUUAAACAAUGUUUGAUUCGUUCAUGCAGCUUAGUGACAAAUUAUUUGGUUAAUUCGAUUAAAAACUUGGAUUCGGAAGUCAGCGAAGGAAUUGCAACUUUGGAUGAUAUCAAUUCGAAUGCUACUACCAGAGAGGCGUUGUUGUACAAUAAAUUUGCUGCCAAUGCCGAGGAAUUCCAGUCUUUGGUCAUACUUUUAGUGGAUCGAAUUAACAAAAAAUCGAAUGACAGAUACCGGGAAGAACUUACAUCGUUAUUGAAUGUUAUUUAUGAACAAUACUUUCAUACUAGAUUUAGGUUAUUGCAACCAAAUAUUUCUUCACAGUUAAAUUGGAAUUUUGUUAACGCCGAAGAUCGCAAACUGGUUAAGUUCAUACAAAGUAGCCUAUUUUACUUCACACAAUUGUGUGAAAAGGAAUACAACCUGUUCAUAGCGUUCUUUCCCGAAUAUUAUAGCAAGGUAAAGGUAAAUGACUGGUUUUUCGAAUUGUGCGAACCCCUUUAUGAUUGUGUUCGUUCUCAUGUUUUAAGGGAAAAUUCCAUCAACAUUUUAUGUGAUUCUAUUAAUUUGCUAAACAAAUAUUUUCAAUUUGAAGAAGAUUCGCAUGGGUAUGAAUUGCAGUUCAAUCAAAUACGAUUUGAUCGACUUUUUGAGCCGUUGAUGCAAGAAAUUCAAUCUAGACUGGUGUUCAGGUCCCAAGUUUUUGUUGAUCAAUAUGUGAUACGUUUUAAACCUUCCAAGGAUUCAUUCAUUAUCCAAAAAAGCCAUAAUAAUCUAAACGAUGAAAGGAGUAACUCGUUGGAUUCUGAUAGCAGUUCAAUGGUUGCGCAAUUUUUAGAAAGCUAUAAUGUCGCUAAUAAUUCUAAUACCAUCAGUAACCCUAUGGGAGGUUACCAUCCCCCCCUAAUAUAUUCCUUGGCGAUAUUAUCAAAGAUUUAUCAACUUGUUAACUCUUCUGUUUUUGAUGAUCUGGCACAUCAUAUUGUCCAUGACUGUAUUGAAUCUCUAAAGAAUGCAUAUCUUUUUACCUCUGUAUCUGCGAAUAACUUAGAUACCCAACUAUUUUAUUUGAAAAACCUACUUAUGCUACGCGAUGAAAUUCAAAAUUUCGAUAUCCAGUACAUAAGAAAUGAAACUUAUCUGGAUUUCUCUGGGUUAGGUGGUUUAAUUAAGUCUAUAAGGCAUCGUUCAUUUGAUAGCAGCAAAUCUUCAUCUGCUUUAAGCCUUGCCCGUGAAUCUGUUCCCAAAGUAGUAAACAAUAUGAUGGACGCUAGAACAGAAUUGAUCGUAGAACUGAGAAACCUCCUCAGUGAACUCACAGAAUCUGCAGCAAAGGGUAUCAUUCAGUCCACAUUUCAAUAUGAAAGUUCCGACGAUGUCUUAUCAAAGAACAUCAAGCUGAGAAGUAACAUUCAGGAACAGCUACCCAGAAUCAAAGAGCUUGUCAAAAACUUUAUUACAGAUGAUUCUAUCUUCUUAAACAUCUUAAAAGCGAUUCAAGGUUUCCUCGUUCGAUCUUACACCAACUACUAUGACAAAAUUAAUGACGAUAUCACAAAUAGAAAACUUAAUGAACAUGUUACUUCGGAAAUUAUGCAUCCUGAUGUGUUCUCCGACUUUAUAGAUCACAUCAUCGAUGAACUCAUGAACAAACCUGCUUCCCAGCCUACUGAAAAACGAUAG